GGAGUGUAUGGCCGAGACCGGUGACUGGCGUGCGUGCCAGGACAAAGUUAAAGAAUUCAGGGCCUGUAUGCAGAAAUACGUCGACCAGCAGAGUAAAAGGUAUGCCAACGUCAAGUAGCAUCCUGCAGAAGUUCAUCAAACCAACCAAGCUGGCGCUCGUCGUGCGCAGCGAUCUUAAGAUGACCAAAGGCAAAACAGCGGCCCAAUGUGCACACGCUGCCGUCAUGUGCUACCAGAACGCGGCUAACGGAACAGCCGAACAGAGUGCUGUUCUGCAGCGUUGGUGUCGUAUGGGCCAACCGAAGAUAGUGUUACGGGUCGAAAACUUCGAGCAACUUAAUGGACUGGAGCGACAAGAGCAGGAGGCGAACGUCGUUGCUGCUCUGGCGAGAGAUGCUGGCCGAACACAGCUGGAACCGGGAACGGCGACGGUUCUGGGCUUGGGACCAGCGCCAGCUGCUGAACUGGAUAAAUUGGUUGCACACUUGAAACUAUUAUGAGCUCUAAGUUUUAUAUAUUCGUUACAAUUAAAGUAAAAUUUAACAACA